UUGGUGUCAGACGAUUGAUUUCCUCUCUGGCUCUUGGCUAUUGUUUUUAUUUGUGGUUCUUUCUGGGUCCAGCCUGGCACUGUUGCUCCGGAUUCUCUGUAGCCUCCGGAAGAUGAAGCUGACCAGGCUGUAUGUGACCAUCCUGCUGGCAGUGCUGGUCUUCCUCCUUUGUGGCCUGCCUGUAGGCAUCGAAUGGUUUUUAGUAUUCUGGAUUCAGAAGUUUGAUGCAUUCACUUGUCGUUUUUUUGAGGUUUCAGAUGUCCUGUCCUGUGUUAACAGCAGCGCCAACCCCAUCAUUUACUUCUUUGUGGGUUCCUCUAAGCCGCGUCAAAAUAGGAAGUCCCUCAAGCUGGUUCUCCAGAGGGCUCUGCAGGACACUGCUGAGGUGGAUGGAUGUGGAGGCAGCCUUCCUCAGGAAUCCCUGGAGAGGUCAAGAAGCAACCUGGGGUAG